UCUCUUGCCGUGAGUGUGCGUGGAUCCGCCAGCAGCAAGCAAGGCAGCAGCCGCGCUCAGUACGGCCGCGCGCAGACACGCGUGAAGGGAAGGGACAUUCCCCCCCACCCGCUUCAAAACACCUUUUCGGGACUCCAGGAUUAGAAGCUGCACGUCUAUUGAGUUGAUCUGUUUUGCGCGGGGAGAACUGUGAUUAUUUGAUUUUUCCAAAUUGAUUUCAUUUUGUGUUUUUUCCCCCCCCCCGUGGACUGACAGAGGAGUUUUUCUCGUGGACAUGGGGAGAAGUGGACCAGUAGGACGCGGGCGGUGGAUGUGCGCCACGCCGGGCGUCCGCCUCCUCUUCCUCCUGGGGUUCGUUCACGCGGGACUCGGCCAAGCGCGAGAAGAUGACGACUUCUUGAGCCUCAGCGAGCUGCCCGAGACGUUCCCGUCCGACCCGCCCGAACCGUUGCCGCACUUUCUGUUUGAACCCGACGAGGGCUACAUCGUCAAGAACAAGCCCGUCAAUCUGUACUGCAAGGCCACGCCCGCCACGCAGAUCUACUUCAAGUGCAACAGCGAGUGGGUCCACCAGAAGGAUCACACGGUGGAAGAACGUGUGGAUGAGAACUCAGGUCUGGUUGUGAGAGAAGCCAGCAUCGAAAUAACCCGGCAGCAAGUGGAGGAGCUGUUUGGCCCGGAAGAUUACUGGUGUCAGUGCGUGGCGUGGAGCUCCGCCGGAACCACCAAAAGUCGCAAGGCGCAUGUACGCAUUGCUUACCUGAAGAAAUCCUUUGAACAGGAGCCCCUCGGCAAGGAAGUGUCUUUGGAACAGGAAGUGCUGUUGCAGUGUCGCCCACCAGAGGGCAUACCAGCGGCCGAGGUGGAGUGGCUGAAGAAUGAAGAGAUCAUCGACCCGGCGGAGGACAGAAACUUCUACAUCACCAUCGACCACAACCUGAUCAUCAAACAAGCGCGUCUUUCCGACACGGCUAACUACACGUGCGUGGCCAAGAACAUCGUGGCCAAGAGACACAGCACAACGGCCACCGUCAUUGUUUACGUGAACGGUGGCUGGUCGACAUGGACGGAGUGGUCAGUGUGUAACAGCCGCUGUGGGCGGGGCUUCCAGAAACGAACUCGCAGCUGUACUAACCCUGCCCCUUUAAACGGAGGACUGCCUUGUGAUGGACAGGCCAUCCAGAAACUGCCUUGCACCUCCUUGUGCACCGUGGAUGGCGACUGGACCGAAUGGAGUAAGUGGUCGGCCUGCGGGACGGAGUGCACCCAGUGGAGGAGGCGGGAGUGCAACAACCCGGCGCCCAAAAACGGCGGGAAGGACUGCGAGGGUUUGGUCCUUAACUCUCAGAACUGCACCGACGGACUUUGUAUGCAAAGUUCAUUGUUUGAGACGUCCAAAGAAAAGAGUGAUGUGGGAUUCACAUCGGCUCCAAGCACGGACGACGUGGCUCUCUAUGUGGGCGUGGUCAUCGCCGUCAUCAUGUGUCUGGUCAUCUCGGUCAUCGUGGCGCUCUUUGUGUACCGCAAGACGCACCGCGACUUCGACUCAGACAUCAUCGACACGUCAGCGCUCAACGGAGGCUUCCAGUCGGUCAACAUCAAGACAGCCAGAUCAGCUGGUUUUUUUUCAGCCCCUCCCGAUUUGACAAAUGUCGCCGCCACGUACGGCGGUCCCGCAUAUGCCCUCCGCGACGUGUCCGAUAAAAUCCCAAUGACCAACUCUCCACUCUUAGAGCCCCUCCCCAACCUGAAGAUCAAGGUGUACAACUCCUCCGGCCUUGUCACGCCGCAGGACGACCUCGGAGGAGACUUUACGUCCAAGCUCUCUCCCAAGUUGACGCAGUCUCUGCUGGAGAACAGCGACACGAUGAACCUUCGGAACCAGAGCUUGGCCCGCACUCGAGACCCCUCGUGUACCGCGCACGGCUCCUUCAACAACCAGGGGGGACACCUCAUCGUGCCUAACUCGGGAGUGAGUCUGCUGGUUCCGGCGGGCGCCGUCCCCCAGGGCCGCGUCUACGAGAUGUAUGUGACGGUGCACAGGAAGGACAGCUCCAGACCCCCGAUGGAAGACGUGCAGACCGUGCUGAGUCCGGUGGUGAGCUGCGGACCAACAGGAGCUCUGCUGACCAGACCGGUCAUCCUCACUAUCCACCAUUGUGCUGACAACGUCCAUGAGGACUGGCUCAUACAGCUGAAAAACCAACUGACUAUGGGCGAGUGGGAGGAUGUGGUGGUGGUGGGGGAGGAGAACUUCACCACCCCCUGCUACGUGCAGAUGGACUCAGAGGCCUGUCACAUCCUCACGGAGACUCUGGGCACGUACUGUCUGGUGGGCCAGUCGGUGGGAAAGGCGGCCGCCAAGAGGCUGAAGCUGGCCGUCUUCGGACCCGUUUCCUGCACCACGCUGGACUACCACAUCAGGGUGUACUGUCUGGACGACACGCAGGAUGCACUCAAGGAGGUUCUUCAAAUGGAGACGCAAAUGGGAGGCAAGCUCCUGGACGAGCCCAAGACCCUCAACUUCAAAGACAGCACGCACAACCUGAGACUGUCCGUCCACGACGUGCCGCAUCCACACUGGAAAAGCAAACUCAUUGCCAAAUAUCAGGAGAUCCCCUUCUACCAGGUAUGGAGCGGUAGCCACAGGAGCCUCCACUGCACCUUCACGCUGGAGAGGAUGAGCUUGGCUGUCACCGAGGUUAGCUGUAAGCUGUGCGUCAGGCAGGUGGAGGGUGAGGGCCAGAUCUUUCAGCUCAGCAACAUUCUGGAGGAGGAGCUCCAGUGCAUAGACACAUCCCUGAUGGACCCAGCCAGCAACAUCACCACCUUAGUGGGGCCCAAUGCCUUCCGCAUUCCCUUGUCCAUCAGACACAAACUGUGCGGGAGUCUGGACGCGCCGCAGACGCGAGGCAACGACUGGAGGAUGCUCGCCCACAAGCUCAACCUGGACAGGUACCUGAACUACUUUGCCACCAAGUCCAGUCCGACGGGCGUCAUCCUGGACCUAUGGGAAGCCCAGCACUUCCCGGACGGGGACCUCAACGAACUGGCCGCCGUGCUAGAAGAGAUGGGUCGCCACGACAGCAACUUCUGCUCCAUGACCGUGGAACACUGACUUGGCUCGGAGAGCAACAACAUGGACAAAUGGCAAUGGUGACCACGUAUGCAGGUCAGGCUAACACAGGGGAAAGCUAGCGGAACGACCAAAAAGAAAGGGGGGGUGGCUUUGGGGGAGUGUUUGGAUGACUUUUUACCCAUCUGAAACAAACAAAACUAGUGAUGUUACGUUAAAGUGGCAUCGUAUGUAGCAGGCUAGCAAAGCAAACUAAGGACAUAUGAAAUAUGAGCGUUAGCGAUGGUUGCUAAUCGAUAGCAUGCCUCAAGGGGUAACGAAUAAAAUGCUUUGACCGUUUGACCAAAACUGUCGAGGGAUGUCUUAAAAGUGACAUCAUAUGCAGCAAAUGGUCAAAUCCCGUCAAGGACACGAAUCGAGGGAAAGCGUUUGUAGCUGCUAGCGAGCAGAAAAGUGAGAUAGCUGAAGAGAAAAAUGCUUCGACGAGCGUACGAUUGUCAGCCUGACGGGAACAAACAAAUGAUGUGGCUUGAAAGUGACAUGGUACGUAGUUGGCUAACAGAAUGAGCCAACGACGUACAUUGAUGGAAAGCCUUAGCGACACCGUGAGCGAGAAUAAACAGAAGCUAACUUUCAGGAGAGUUUUUGCGACUUUUAUCCGUCACAAACUAAACUUGCUGAAAAAUUGGCAUCGUGUUUAGCGGGCUAACAAAACAAGCUAAUUGUGUAGUUUGAGGGAAAGCAACGCUUGUUAACUACUCGCGACGGAAACGAAAGACAUAGAACUUAAAGAUAUACUGAUUCGGCACACUUAUUUUAUUAAAAGAGAGGAAAACACCCAGCGAAUCAGAGGCCCGCCAUCAACCCGCCUCCACUCGGCUGAUCAUCAUUCGACUGUUUUUUUCCCCCCGGCACAGACAGGCAUGGCAGAUGACGACAAGUGCAGUUGUGAACAGGAUUUAUUUUUGAUGACUACAUGGGGAAAAGUAGAUUCUCCCCAAAUAAUAUUCUUAUUUUCGUUUUAAGAUACUAAUGGUUGUUUGUCGUUCUGCAACCAGUUCAGGGGAGUGUACCCCGCCUACUGCCCAAAGAAUGCUGGGCACACUUUUGAGGCUAAAGAGGUACGGAUAAUGGAUGGAUACUAAUUAUUAUUGACUGAAUGAAUGCAAGCCAUGGCAAGAAAAUCUACGAGUUACAACUGCAGUAAGCAGUAUUAUUUUUCAUAAUGACUAAUAGCCAGCAGGAGGUAGAAGAAAAAGGACGCUGUAAACGCACCAUAUGACUAAUACGCUCCUUUUUUUUUUCUUUCAAGUAAUUCAUGCAUUUAUACAGUUAGAGCAUCUCUGGUGUUGUGACAUCACCACCAUUACUUGGUUGAUUUCUAGCGCCACCCAGUGGCCUUGACAAUACUGUUUGUUUUUAUUUGAAUGACUCGUUUGUCAUAUAUAAAGUACAUUUCUCGUGUUUUUUUUCCUAAUUGAUGAUCAUCUCGUGUUGUAUCAUAAUUAUUUGAGUUGUUUUUUAUAUUUUCAAAAAAUCACUGCGCUAUAGAAUUGUGUUUGAAAGAAUUUUUUUAAUUAAAAAAAAAAAACUUGAAAAUAAUCCUCGAAGCACGUUAUUUGUUUAUUUUUAGUUUAUUUUGAGUGUGAGAUUAAUCCUUUCCAAAACAUGUUAUUUAAUGUAUUUUUAAAAAAUAUAAAUAUUUGAAGAAAAAAAAAAAGGGGUUUUUUAUCCUACCCGAUCCCACAUAAACCUAACCCUAAGACUAUCCCACUCAACAUAUUAGAACAGAAAUAAUUAAUUAUUCUAAUAACAUUAUCUUUUAGAUUGUUUUGGAUUAUUUUCCAUGGCUACGUCAGAUUAAUUGUUAUUGGGUUGGUGCACCAUUUUUAAAUAAUAAAUUCCUAAAUUAUUCUCAAUUUAGACCAUUUUAUUGUUGUUUUUUUAUUUUAAAUCUCUAAAGAAUUAAUAAAUCCAUCAAUCAAUCAGUCAUCAUUGUUUUUAUGUCAGCAUCAAAAUGAGUAAAUUAAAGGCAUGUAAUUGUCCUAACAGUCUCGGUUUUGAGCGGUUGUACAUUAUUGUAACUGAUAUUUUUUGUUUGUUUUUAGGUUGUUGUUUUUUCACAGGAUUCAGUUAAAAUAAUAAUAAUAUGAAUAAUAAUGAUUAAAAACCCUUCAUUUUGACAAGUUGUUAAAUUACCAUGGUCUUGAAAACAUCAUGUAGCAGGUGGUGGUUGUUGUUUUUUCCCCUUCUCCUUCUGUACUUUAUUUUUCAGUUUUCUCUUUUCGGGGUGCUCCAAAAUGUGUGCUUAUAGAUUGGAUGUUGUGAAUGUUUCCUGAUUAAGUGCUGAUUCAAAAACAAACAAAAAAAAAAGGGUACAGGGUGCGUUUCAAAUGCAAACUUGAACCCAAAGGUAACAACGACAUUGACUUUUUGUUCUCUCCAUUUUAAACAAUCUGCCAGUCAACAGUUUACUUGCCGGACGAACAGUUCACGUGGACUCGACUGAAACAAAUCAAGUGUUGUUAUUGUUUGGAAACGUGUGGGGGGGAGGGGAGGGGGUCGUGUUUUCUAUUUGACUACAGUGUGUACACUUGUGUACUUGUCACUUUAAGAUUUAUAACAAAAAAAAGUAAGUAGGAUGUUUUCUUUGUUGUUGUUUUUAUUUUUGUCGACUAUGCAAACUGCCAUUGGUUGUCAUGAUGGACGUCUUGGCUGUGCUUGUACCAUUUUGCU